AUGACCCGCACCCUCCGCUUGAGCUUCCUCCUCCUCCUCCUCCUCCUCUGUCUCUCCUCCUCCUGUCCCGCUCGCGCCGAACCACGGAGGAGCGCGACCUCUCAGCGCAGGGCGGCUCGCGCACCCGCCGCCAAGGUGCGUUUGGCGGGCAACUAUGCGCGAGGACCGAACGAAGGGCGCGUGGAGGUGCUGCACAACAACACCUGGGGGACCGUCUGCGAUGAUGAAGUGGACAUCAAAAUGGCCAACGUGGUGUGCCGAGAGCUGGGCUUCCAGGGUGGUAUAACGUGGGCACACAGCGCCAAGUAUGGAGAGGGAGAGGGUCCAAUAUGGAUGGAUAAUGUACGUUGUGACGGCUCAGAGAAGUCCUUGAAGGACUGCAAACACAACGGUUGGGGGGUGAAUGACUGUAAACACUCUGAAGACUUGGGGGUGGUGUGCACUUCUGAGCGCAGGCUGGAUCUGACAGCCAGCAGAGGCUACACCACCGCCGCCAGACCCAAUGGCAGCCCCGCACCUCAGUGGCAGGGUCUCGUGGCCUCCCGCGGGCAUCAGGGGUACGGGUAUUAUGGAAACGGACACCCACAAGAGAUCCCAAGGUUCCAAAGACACCACUACCAGGGGCGGACUAAGGUGCAAAUCGAAGAGGUCCGUCUUCGUCCCAUCCUCAUGGCUACCAAGAGGAAGAGCCUGAUCACAGAGGGUGUGGUGGAAGUGAAGCACGCUGGUAGAUGGAGGCAGGUUUGUGACCUGGGUUGGAGUCUCAACAGCAGCCGGGUUGUGUGUGGGAUGCUCGGCUUUCCAGAGGCUACUAAGCACAAUGUCAAAACAUACAAGAAAAUAUGGGAUACCAAGGUUGCAGAUCCUUCAACAAGAUUGAGUGUCAUGUCAAAGAAGAAGGGAUUCUGGGUAGAAAAAGUUCACUGUCUGGGCAAUGAGAAUACCCUGUCUGAGUGCCUUGCUCAGCUGUCAAUCCCCCGUAGUCCCACCCCAUGUAAGAAUGGGAGACAUGCAGUAGUCAAAUGUGUACCAGGACCACAGUUUGCUCGAAUCUCCUCAGGAAGACCCCAGGCUCCUUAUCCAGUUGUGCCUGUGCGUCUGAAGGCUGGCCCCAGGCUGGGUGAGGGUCGUGUGGAGGUGCUCCGAGACGGAAAAUGGGGGACCAUCGUAGACCACAUGUGGGAAAGAACUGCAGCCACCGUGGUGUGCAGAGAACUGGGCUUCGGUACUGCCAAGGAUGCCCUGCACGGAGCCUUUAUGGGUCAAGGUACAGGACCUAUUCAUAUGAACAGUGUCCAGUGUAUGGGGUCAGAGCGCUCCAUCCUAGACUGCUACUUCCAGGAAGUUCAACCGUGGACAUUCAAACACAGCCAGGAUGCCUCAGUACGCUGUAACGUCCCUAAGACCGGCAUAGAGAACGCGGUGCGGCUUGCUGGUGGUAGAGUCCCGUCAGAAGGCCGUGUGGAGGUGUUGAUUGAGGUUGGGGGUCGUAAGCGCUGGGGCUCUGUCUGUAGUGAGAACUGGGGCAUCAACGAGGCCAUGGUGGUGUGCAGACAGCUCGGCCUGGGCUUCGCUGCCAGUGCUCAUCAGGAGACCUGGUACUGGUCGGGUGACCCAAAUGCAGCUGAUGUGAUUCUCAGUGGCACUCAUUGUGUGGGCACAGAGUUUUCAAUUCAACAGUGUCGUCGCAACAACCAUGUCCAUUGUCCUCGGGGAGGUGGAAAUAAGGCUGCGGGGGUCAGCUGUUCAGACACGGCACCUGACCUCGUUCUGGAUGCCCAGCUGGUCCAGGAAACAGCCUACCUGGAAGACCGACCCCUCCACUUGCUGACCUGUGCCAAUGAGGAGAACUGUCUGUCCUCGUCUGCUGCCAGGAUGAACUGGCCUUAUGGCCACCGACGCCUGCUGCGCUUCUCCUCCCGCAUCAUGAACCUGGGUCGGUCAGAUUUCAGACCCAAAGCAACAAGAGAGAGCUGGACAUGGCACCAGUGUCACAGGCACUAUCACAGCAUCGAGGUGUUCACACAUUACGACCUGCUGACUCUGAAUGGCACGAGGAUUGCAGAGGGACACAAGGCUAGUUUCUGUCUGGAGGACACUUACUGCCCCGAUGGACUCCAGAAGCGGUUCUCCUGCUAUAACAUGGGUGAUCAGGGCAUCUCUGUGGGCUGUUGGGAUACAUAUCGCCAUGAUAUCGACUGCCAGUGGAUUGACGUGACAGAUGUACGGCCAGGAGACUACAUCUUCCAGGUGGAAGUCAACCCCUCAAUGGACAUGGCUGAGUCUGACUUUAUGAACAAUGUCAUGAGAUGUCGGUGCAAAUAUGAUGGCCACAGAGCUUAUAUGUAUGGAUGCCACGCAGGUGAUGCAUACAGUGCAGAGAUUGAAGACCUGUUUGAGCACCAGAGGCAAAUCACAAACAACUUUGUGUAGCCCAUCCCAGGGCCCAGUACGAAGGCCUUCCAGUGGGGCCCAGAGACAACUCAGGAUGGGCUGAGGUCGAUGGCCCCAGGCCCUUGGGACCUUAGGACCCGCAAUAACAGAGAACACACAGAACGGCGCCUGUUCAUCUCCUUGGCAGAUGUGGAUAAAAUAUUCAUAAGAUCAUCAUAAACACCGCAGCGACCAUUGCAGAGACUCCAUUGACAGCAAGAGUGGAACAGGUGCCAGACAGCUCAACAUGUUUUUUACUAGUUAAGUAAGAAGAUAUUGGAUAUUGAUUCAAACUAUACAGAUUUUUGUGAAUGUGGACGACUAGUAACUUAAGUUAGUUAUUCAAAAUGUACACGCAUGAAAGACCUUAAUGUCGCGAUAACUAAUCUGUCACAAAGACAACGGGGAAGUCGGUGCUGUUGGGAAAUAUCAUUCCCAAGCUAGAAGAUAUGAAAAUCUUUGAAGAAAAAAAAAAUAUAUAUUGUGAGUUUGUUUAAUUUGUCACAAAAGGCUGAUUUAAUGCACAUGUAGCAAAGGUAUGGUAAUUGGCUCUGUUGACAUUAUUUCAAACAAAUUCUUUACUUAUUGGAUCCUUUGUAAUUGUUGCGCUUUUACAUUACUUCAAUAUUGGUGCUCUUUAACAAUACUGUAUGUCGUUAUAUUAACCUCACUACAUUUCAGGUGAAGAGUGUUGUACAAUGCAUUUUGGGUAGUUUUCUUUUACAGUUAUUUAGGUAUUUUAUCUUUGCUUUGGUUUUUAACAAAAUCAUUGUUUUAUAAAAGUGUAGUCGUGCUACAAAGUUUUGCUUCUCAUCUAGAGUAGGUAAGAAAUGGUCAGAUGAUUUUUAUGGAACAAAGCACUUUAUCUUUUAAACAUCAGUAUUCUAGUUUUGCCCCCAUACUUUUUUAAUUAGCCACCAAAUUGACUUUUUAAGGUGGUAUCUGAAAAAAUACUCUGUUGUGUUUUAAUUUUCAGAAAGUGAAAUAUAAGAUUUGUGUUUAGUUUUCAUAUACAAUGUACUAUUUAUGCUGUUACUUUAUUUAUUCCUGGACUUCACACAUAUACAGCAUGCUCAGUAAAGAGUUUGUUAGCAAGCUUUUAUUUAACAGUACUGAAUAUAUUUUUUAUUUUUCUGACAUAAUUAACCAGGGUGGAAAAACUGAUUUCAUACAGUAGUUGCAGGAUAGUAUUAGUAAGUUCCCAUGAUGCAGAUAAAUAAUAGUUGAUUUAUUUUAUUUUAGUUAUUAAAACAACUGUAACUGUACAGUUUUCUCUUCCAGCCUCUCUGAUGGGCGGGAGAACCGGCCUGACAAAACCACAGUAUUGUGGUAGGCAGGCAGGCUGGGUUUUGAGAGCAUAUAAAAAGCCUUUUAAUUAUGUCUGUUUGGGUUAGACUUAAGGUUACGGUUAAGGUUAGGGAUAUAGCAUGUGCUUUAUAAAGAAACACUAUGGAAUUGUUUCUUAUGGAAUCAGGGAAAGAGCAAGAAUCUGGAGUUCCAUCUUUACACAGAUUCUGACUUUCUGAGAGAUUUAGUGAGGGAGACGAUGAUUUAAAGAAAGAACGAGAAAGUAAGACAGAAAGAGAGAAAGGGAUUAAGUUUGGAGAAGGACUUACGCAGACAUACAGUUUUUACUACCAGCCUUUUUGUAGGCAGCCAUACAGAGACCACAAGUUGGCAUUUUCAGCUCCCCAAUGAGAAAAACAUGUUUGUCUGGGAGAAAAAUAAACUCCUCAAUUCAUGCAUCAACACAGUAAACAGUGGCCUUAUUUUACUUAAGCUGGGCCCGCUAAAAUAUACUGUGUCUUUCUACACUUUCUUUGCUAACCUUGUAGCUCCACACCAAACAAUGAUGCAACUCCAUUUUCUUUACAACAUGGAACUUGUGUUAUUCGUGUUUGACUCCAUUAAUGUGUUUGAUGUGUUUGGCUUAUUGUCUGAGUGGUUGAACUUGUUAAGGUGGUUUUUCUAAUGGACAGUUUCCAGGACACGUUGUGGAAAGGACACGUCACUCAUAAAGACAACUGUAGACUUCAUUAAUCCCUUUAACAGAUUAUCUUCCUACUCACUGGGCCUUUAUGACUCCACGAAUAAGGCUCAGGAAGAAUUUGUAGCUUUUUAGAAUAACCUUUUAUAGUCAGGCACACCUUGCCAAACACAGUCAGCCCUAUUACUAAAAACUGUUGGAGAUCCAAAUGUUAUGAUAAAAUGAGUGAUUGCUUUUCUGUUGUUUUGUGCUUGUGUACAGUUGCUAUUGACAUAUUACUAUGGUCUGUUCUGUGUGUUAUUUAAAAUUAUAUAUCAUUCCAUAGCUUAAGUUGGUUCACAUUUACCACUCUCAUUAUAUUACUGUAUUUGUACCCAUGCUGUAGACAUAGCACUGGGACAUUUUUUUCCCAUGGCCAGUUAUGCUUUUAUUUUGUCUUUAAAGCUGAGAGUGUGAGCUACGUGGUGCUUAUCUACAAUCACAUUCAUAGAACGCUGUGCUCUCAGGGACUUUGACCUCAUCUAAAGGAGUAAAAAUAACAUGCCAUUUUGAUGUGAUUUAGGUUGCUUUUAGCUGUGAUGCAUACAUGAUAACACCAAAUGAACUGGAAAUGUUUUCUUUUGUCAGCACUCUUACAAAAAGUAAUCUGUACCCACAUGUUUAUUUUGCAGGUAAAAAAUUAAGGUAUAAAGGUGAUACGUUUUGUUAUGUUUUUCCUUGAGGAAAGUUAGGAUAACUAUGGAUAGACACUGGCUGAGUCAGAAGCAAAUUUCAGUUGCAGAACAAUCCAUUCAUUCAUCAUUACUGUGAAUCAAUAA